AUGAAAAAGUUUCGAGUCGAAACGUUUUUGAAACCUCAUUCGAGACUUUUGAGCGGUUUUCUAUUUCAAAUGUUAAUAUAGAUAAUAAUUCUUAUUUCAGAUUCAAAAUGGAGGCCGUUGUAUUCGACGGGAAAUCACUGAAGCUAUCUUACGAAAAGGCAUAUCCUAAACCUGUAAUAGUAAACGACACAGAUGUUAUAGUUAAGGUCGAAUAUUCUGGAAUAUGUGGUACUGACCUGCACAUUAUUCAGGGUGAGUUCCCUGCCUCUAAAGAGCGACCCCUUCCAUUGGGUCAUGAGUUCAGCGGCGUUGUUCAUCAAGCCGGUAAGGCAUCCAUCUUUAAAGAGGGGCAGAAGGUUGUGGUAGACCCAAAUAGAGCGUGUUUGUUAUGCGACUACUGUCGUAAAGGCAACUAUCAGUACUGUUUAACAGCUGGUAUCAACAGUACAGUCGGUAUUUGGAGAGACGGGGGCUGGGCACAGUAUUGUAAGGUGCCACAGGAUCAGGUCUACGCGCUACCCGAUGGCAUUACGACUGAACAAGCUGGACUCUGUGAACCUUACUCUUGUGUAUCACACGGCUUCGACCGCGCCUCCCCACUGCUCGUCGGAGAAAAGAUCUUGAUAGUAGGAGCUGGUAUAAUUGGAAACUUGUGGGUGACAGCUCUACAUCAUCAGGGCCACAGAGAAGUGACCGUCUCUGAAAUGAAUAAAUCAAGACUCGAUAUAGUCAAAAGAAUGGAUACUGGAUUCAGAUUAAUAACACCCGACGUAUUGGCACAAGAGAAGGAACUUUAUGAUGUCAUAAUUGAUUGUACAGGUGUUGGGAAAGUAAUGGAGGUUAGCUUCAACUAUUUGAAACAUGGCGGAAAAUAUGUCGUGUUCGGAUGCUGCCCACCUACCCAUCAAGCAUCAAUAAAUCCUUUCCAGAUCUACGACAAAGAGUUAACCAUUAUCGGAGUCAAGAUCAACCCAUACAGCUUUCCGAAAGCCAUUGGUUGGUUGAAAGCUAUGGGAAGCAGAUACGUGGACUAUGAGAAACUUGGAGUGAAAACAUAUAGUCUGUCUGAAUACAAGAAUGCUUUAGGGGACUUGAAAACAGGAAGCAUUUCAAAGGCACUCUUCAAAAUAAUUUAAU